AUGGUAUCAGAUGGCACAUUCAAGACAUGUCCUCCUCUCUUCCAGCAAAUAUACACCAUCCACGGGAUGAAACAUAAAACCAUUAUCCCAGCUAUUUAUGUCCUGAUGGCAUCACGUCGCCAACAAGAUUACCUUAAUAUUUUUAAUCAAAUAAAUUUCCAAAUUUUUUUAAAUCCUAAAUUCAUCAUGAUCGACUUUGAAUUAGCAGCCUUAUCUGCUUUUAUACAGUCGUUUUUACUGACUGCGAUCCGCGGGUGCCUGUUUCAUAUGUCGCAAUGCAUAUGGCGCACUGUUCAAAAAAAUUCAUUAAUUUGCAAUGCAUAUAAAACGCAAACAAAUUUUGCUAUGUUCAUAAAAAUGUUAAUGUCACUGGCAUAUGUACCAGUGGAGGAUGUAAUUCAUGGAUUCGAGGAAUUAUGUGCCUCUGAAUUCUAUCAAGAAAAUAGAAAUAUUCUCGCCCCCUUGAUAGAAUACUUUGAAGAGACGUGGAUUGGAAAAAUGAUAGCUAUGGAGAGGAGGUCGCCAAUAUUUAGCAUUUCUCUAUGGAAUUGCUACGAAUCAACACUAGCUGGUGAACCGAAUACCAAUAAUUCAGUAGAAGGCUGGCAUCAAAGUUUUUCGUCUCAUAUAAGUUCCCAUCAUCCAACGAUCUUGAAAUUUAUAAAGAGUUAG